AUGGAACUGGCCGCGAGCGGCAAACAGGAGGUGAAGAAAAACGCGCAAAUCGAAGUAAAUAAUAUUAACAGGAUUAUCUUGAAUAUACUGUGUGCAGAAGGAUUAAGGAAAAUAAAAUUCAUCCUGCAUGUCCUGAGGGAGCUGCUGCAAAAAAAAACCGACAUUUUGCAUGCAUACAUCACCAACGACAUUGACCAACUGUCCACGGAGAACAGCCGGAAGCAACUCUUCAACACCCUACAGGAAGGAAUCGAGCUGUGCGAAAAUGAAAGCGACUACAACGUCAUAAGGAGAAAAAUCGAGGAGUACAUUAAUGCCCUCAGUGAGACGAACGAAAUUUUGUGCCAAAAUUCUCCCACGGAUAGAAAUUUAAAAGACAACCGAAACAAAAUAAUCGAAGAUGGCUCGCUGCUGCUUAACAUAUUCCUCAAUAUGAAGAGACUGAACUUUGCCUCCGUCCUGAAGGAGCUGGACGCCUUCAAGGAGGAGCAGAACCUCCUGCUGAACCUGAGACAAAACGUGUACCACAAGAAGCAAAUCGUGAACAUCCUGAAGGAUCAAAUAAAAGAACAAAUCGAAACGACGGACAGGAAAAAAAAAGUGAUUCAAGAAAAAAUCCAAGAAACAGAAAGAAGGAAAAAAAUCUUUUUCGUAAAGUCGAUGCUGUACUAUAUGUACAAGAAGGAGUAUGUCCAGGCGAAUGCCUCCAGUUAUGAGAUGAAUAUGAACUUCAAACACCACUCGACAAAGGAGACUAAGGAAAUGAUGGAGAGUGACCUGAAGUCUUAUGCCAAUAUUAACGAUUAUAUAAAAGGCUUCUUGAAUAAGAGGAACGACAACCUGCAAAACGUGCAUGACGAGCUCGUCGAAUAUUACAAAAAGGAGAGACGCAAAAGGAUGCAAAAGCUGGAGCAAAUAAAAAGUGAAUUUAAAGACUCCCUUAGGGAAAUUCAGCUAAAACGGGAACAAAUUGCAAAGUACGAUCAGGUGAACAAACAACGGGAGGAAGAAGAAAAGGAAAAAAUGCGCAGCGAGAUUGACGAACGGGAGCAUUUGAAGAAGCACAGCGAGUACGUCCUAUUUUUGCAAGACAUAGCUCGAAGUAAGAUAAAGGACUACGAAGAGAGGAGACGCAGAAAAUUGAGAAAAAACGCAGCAAAGAAGAAAAAAAAAUAA